AUGACUAGUAACACAUCCCGUCGUCAUCCAUUAAAACGCGUUCGACCAGACCAUGAAAAUCAGGGUUCAUUUAUUUCUUCUAAUGAACAAACAAAGAAAAAACUUUGUCGACAAUCUUCCGAAGAUUCUGCAUUUGUUGAAAAUGAGAAAUCGUCUGAUGAACGUGCAUUUGAUCUGUUUCACAAUGAAUAUUUCCUUCAAUUUCGUCCAUAUUUCAAACAUCGCCCGAUCGUUACUCAAUUUAUUGAACAUCUUUGGUCCAACAUGACCGAACUUGCCAAGGUAUCAUUUGUCAAGAAGAUUCUCAAAGAACAAGGAAUUUACGAUAUUUCAUCGCGAAAUUUUCAUGAAAAUGAAACAUUUUCCAAUGAUGAAAAUGAUUCUCAAAUCAAUAAAUCCUUGAACGAAAGUCGAGCAAAUCUUCCUACGUGGAAAACAGACAAUAGUUACAGUCGAAGUUUCAUAAACGAUCUUUUAAACUACAUGAAAUAUUCCAUCGCACCUCGAUUUACUGAUAAAAAAUUAUCGGCAAAAAUUCCUGCUCCACUUCGACGAUCUUCACGUAUACGUCGAGCACCGAGUAAAUGUUCUUGUUCAUCGUGUAUAACAACGCACGGAUCUGAAGAACACUCGACGUCUAUGUCGAAUCUGGCUGAUGGUUCAGAAUAUCGAAUGUUUCAACAUUUGAUUGACCAUUUUCAUCNAAAAUUCCUGCUCCACUUCGACGAUCUUCACGUAUACGUCGAGCACCGAGUAAGAAGCUUAUCUGAAGUGAAAAACCACUUUUUCAUUGGAUUUUUAGAAUAUCGAAUGUUUCAACAUUUGAUUGACCAUUUUCAUCAACUUGAUGAUCAACUUGAAAAUCGUUCAACUGAAAAUGUCAAACCAAUUGAAGAUUCAACUCAAAUGCCGCUAAGCGAAAUCAAUGAAUCAAUCACCGCUCCACUCGUAUCCGAAGUUCCAACUGAACAACCGUCAUAUUCAACUGAAUAUUCAACUGAUUCAGCGAUAACUUCAGCUGAAAAUGAUUGUUCAAUUCAUAAUUCAGAUGAACGCCCAGCACGACGUACUUAUGUUAUAUUAACAGAACUUGAUGAACCAUUUUUUGGUCCUUAUUCAAUUGAAUUUACAAUAACAAUUUAA